GGGGCGGGCCGAGGGCUCGCGCGCAGGCGCAGUGCGUGCGCGGCGGCGGCGGCGGCAGUCAUGGCGGCGCGGUGCGUGAGGUUGGCGCGGCGCAGCCUCCCGACGCUGGCGUUGUCGCUCAGGCCCGCUCCUCGGCUCCUGUGCAUGGCCACCAAGCAGAAGAACGACGGCCAGAACUUGGAAGAGGAUGUGGGCCUCGGUGAGCAGAAGGCAGGCGCCCCCACCCCGACCGAGAAGCUGCUUGCAGAGGAGAAGGUCAAGUUGGAGGAGCAGCUGAAGGAGACCACGGAAAAAUACAAACGCGCUUUGGCAGAUACUGAGAAUCUGCGGCAGAGGAGCCAAAAGUUGGUGGAGGAGGCAAAGUUAUACGGCAUCCAGGCCUUCUGCAAGGACCUGUUGGAGGUGGCCGACAUCCUGGAGAAGGCGACGCAGAGCGUGCCCCAGGAAGAGAUCAGGGAGGACAAUCCUCACCUGAAGAGCCUGUAUGAGGGGCUGCAGAUGACGGAGGUGCAGAUCCAGAAGGUGUUUGCCAAGCACGGCCUCCUCCGGCUCGACCCUGCAGGGGCCAAGUUCGACCCGUACGAGCACGAGGCCUUGUUCCACACACCGGUGGAGGGCCGCGAGCCGGGCACGGUGGCGCUUGUGAGCAAAGUGGGCUACAAGCUGCACGGGCGCACGCUGCGGCCCGCCCUGGUAGGGGUGGUGAAGGGGGCCUAGCGUGCCAGGCUUGCUCUGGGGCUGCCCUCACGCUCGCUGUCCAGGCUGGCUCAUCUGAGCCCACGGCCUUUCCCACUUUGUUGGAAAGCUUUAGUGACCAGAACCAGCAGGGUGAGCUGGUUUACAGUUGUGUUAAUAAUGAACUUGGAGUUGGGAGUCCGUCCCUUUUUUAGUCUGUCGAUAGGCCACGUGCUCAGAGAACAGACCUGGGUGUUCCCCACCCGAGUCUGAGCGGUGUGCGUGUGUCGUCAGUGUUGAAU